ACCGUACUCCUGUACUAUCGAAAAAGUUAGCUGAGCUGAGAGAUGAGGCUGGGAUAUCGUGAGCGGAUGAACACAUUUCAACCCACAUAAUCCGUCGUAACUUGAGGUCCUACAUUUUUUCUUCAAAAUAUUGAAGAAAUCCUAGAUCUUACUCUAGUCUUAGCUGUUUUAUUGUGGUAGAAAGCAGUGUGCCUUCUACACAAUACAAGAAUUAUCUGAUCAUAUGAGCAAUAAUCGUGUGAAUCCAGAUAGCUCGAGUCAACUUGAACUGAUGGCGCAGAACAGGAGCUCGACAGAGAACAACGGGCGCGGGCAAUGGGAGGCUCAGCAGGAUCACGACGAACAGGGUAUUAUUGGGGCUAACACGACACAACAAAGCACUGGUUGCUGUGGAAUUUUACUGAUGUUUAUCUCUAUGCUAGUUGUGAUCUGCACGCUGCCAUUUUCACUAUUUGUCUGCAUAAAAGUGGUGCAGGAGUACGAAAGAGCAGUUAUCUUCAGACUUGGGCGUCUCUUGUCUGGCGGUGCUAAAGGGCCAGGACUGUUCUUCAUCCUGCCUUGUAUUGAAGAUUAUCGCAAGGUGGAUCUUCGUACCAUUUCGUUUGAUAUUCCUCCUCAAGAGAUUCUGACCAGGGAUAGUCUGACCAUCUCCGUGGAUGCAGUGGUUUUCUACCGUGUCAAGAAUGCUACCGUCAGCAUCGCCAAUGUGGAAGAUGCAGGCAGAUCGACCAAACUCCUGGCUCAGACAACACUUCGGAAUGUCCUGGGCACCAAGAACCUGGCCGAGAUCCUAGCAGAACGUGAAGGCAUCAGUCAUUACAUGCAGUCUACCCUAGACAAUGACACCGACCCCUGGGGUAUCCAAGUAGAGCGCGUAGAGAUCAAGGAUGUUCGUUUGCCUGUCCAGCUCCAGAGAGCUAUGGCUGCUGAAGCUGAAGCUUCCAGAGAGGCCAGGGCUAAGGUGAUAGCUGCUGAAGGAGAACAGAAUGCUGCUCGUGCCCUGAAGGAAGCUGCAGAUACUAUUGGAGAGUCCCCAUGUGCCCUUCAGCUGAGGUACCUGCAGACUCUCAACACCAUCGCAGCAGAGAAGAACUCCACCAUCAUCUUUCCACUUCCUAUUGAUCUCCUCAAUGCCGUUGGUGCCAUGAAGAAGUAGAUCUAAUCUAACUUGUCAAUUUACUAUCUAUACUUGUAAAACCAGGAACUUACCCCACCUGAAACUUCUUUAAAUUGUGCAUGACGGCCAUUUUCAAGACAAGAAAUUUUGCAACUUGCAAAAGUUCAUUGAUAUCCUGGCUGUAUGAAACUUGAUAUAUAUUCCAGACCAUUUGCCAAAUAGAUGAUGAUUUCGGGAUUGCAACAGUUUCUUGUUACUCGUUACAAUGUGUGUGUAUACAUGUACAUGUACAUGUACAUGUACUAAUGAAUGGGAAGAAUUGUAACAGCUGUCAAAACAUUAUUUUGUUUAAUUGGAAAAUAUCAAUUUCUCGCACAAAGAAAUGUAAGCCCUUGAAUUUCCUCAGAAUUUAGGAUAUUGUUGACAAUCUGGAAUUUAUUUUCUACAAGUAUGUGUCCGAACUUGUUCCCAUAUCAUAGUGAAAACAGGUCAUGCAUACAGUAUUCAAGUAUUACAUUCAACACAUUUGACUUAAUCUAAAUUGGCAGGUAAUGUGUUAUGUAUUAAUUACUGUUGGCCUCUAUUCUGCUACGGUUAAUUGUUUUGUGCAUCUGGCACCAUGUAUGAAGUUCUUGCAUCCUUCAACCACUUUUAAAUUCCGUUGUGAAUUUAUUUUAGAGGUACCUGUAAACAAUACAAUGUAGCAGGUGCAUGCACAUGCUCCUAAUGCAUAUUAUGGCUUUUUCUGCCGUCAACAUGUGUACACACAUAUCUUGGUAAUUGGUACCAGCAUUUUCACUUGCCAAGAAAAUUGCUAGAGUACAUGGCAUUUAUGUAUAAGAAAUUUUCAGUUUCAUAAUUUGUUUUAGUCGAUGUGCGUACACGAUCCUGCUUUCAAAUGUGCUGUCUGUAUGGAUAGGAAUACAUUUGUAUUUUCGUAGCUAUAGUUUAAACAUGAUGCUACUCAGUAUCGAUGUUAACAUGUAACCUGUAGUAACAUUGAAGAGAACUAGAUACUACAUGUACAUGUACUAGGUUCCAAGGGCAAAUGGACGUGACUUACUUUCCAAAAGUCAUUUUCUCCCAAAGUAUCAAAAGUCACCUUUCUCACAUUAGUGCCCGAGGCGAAUCACUUCUUAACACCCCAUUUACAUUAAUAUCAAACAGACGGAUAACCGUUAUUUUCCACACACUAACCAAGCCACACCAGAGAAUAAAAUAUUGGUUCUUGGGAUGAUUUAAGCCUCUUGGAUGUGGAUGUGUACAUGGAAAAGAAUUGUUGUAUUUAUUCCAUUUUACAUGUAUUUAGACUUGAGAGUGCAGUUGCAGUGUGAGUGUAGUAUAGGUAAUAGUAUUACAUGUCGGUAUAAUCGUUAUGUUACGGGUGAGCACGUACUUGUAAACCCAUUCAAGCACAAAACUGUAAUGUACCUCAAAAAGAAGAAGAAUACAAAACAAUGAAUAAACUGUAAGUGUGAAAUGAAUGGCUAGAGCAGUGUUGUGACAGAGGAAAUACAGGGAUGUGUGCAUAGGUGGCCCUUAUGGGUACUACCUAAUAAUAUUCAUAAAUAUAUAAUAUACAUAAUGUACCCAGGAUCAAUUAAUGUGAAACACAGCAUGUUUACAAUUUGGUGUUGUUGCUGCUGUAAUGUUUUUGAGUGUUUUAUCUACUUGUGUCUGAAUGUAUAACUGUAGUGUUUGGGAGUUGCUCCUCUUACUCUGUCUUGGGCAACCAGUUGUUGACAAUAUAAUUGUUUUACCUAAAGUUAGCAAUUGGAAUAAAUCACUUGAAAUGUUUUAAUUAUUCUACAGCUGACAUGUUUUGAUUGCGAUUUUAAAGUUAUAAUUUGACUCUGUAUUCAUAUAAUUGUUUUAUAAAUGCUAAUGGUAUUGAUAAAAUGUGUGGAGUGCCAAGUAUCAAUAUUUGAAUGUAUAAAAGGAAACUGUGUUGCUCUCUCUAGAGAAAAAAAAGGGGGUGAAUUUUCACCCUUUUAUCACUCCCCCAGGAGUUGCGUCAGUGAUCACUUGCUAAGGAGUGUAUAACGAUUGAUUUUCGAGUGCUCUGUAACAAGAAAAGGGUUAAUUUCACUCUAUUUUCAUUUUCAUUCCACUCUCCAGAGGAGUCAUGGCAGUGAUAACAAUUAUAAGAUUCAUUACAUCAUAUCAUUGGACUAUAAAGUUAAGACUCGGGUAUACCUUGAUUGAGGCUUGGACUGCUUUUAUGAAAAAUGUGCUAUCUUGUAAAAUAGUCAUGAAGAUUACAAUUAUUUAUAUUAAUAUAUUCAAUCAAUGUUUAGACAUUCCAUUCUUAGUAUUAAACUUGAAAUGGUUAAAAAUACAGUGGGAAAAUUAAUUUUUUAAAAUUUUAUUUGAGUGUGAAUUAUGUACCACCCUGGAAAGAAAAUACAUAUUGUAGUGCAAAUAUACUUCACAUUCCUUAUCUCAUAACACAAGGAUAAGUGAACCAACGUGGUUUAGCAUGCGUCCUAUCUGAAUGGGACUUAUCAAUUAAUUCAAAGAAUUUAAAUUUACAUUGUAAUUACUUCGUGCAGUCUCUCUGUGUUUUUUUUAAUUUUUUAGUUUGUGUUAUUCGUUCCCAUAUACGGGUGUCUCUGGACAGUUUUAUUUAUUCCCUGUUUGAUAUAUGCUCUUUUAUGUUACUGUAAAAUGUUAGUAGUAUCCAUUUCCAGUUUUUCCACACACUCUGUACUAUCAUACAUAAACUGACCGUACUGUACAUGUAGUAAGCUUUGGUUGCAUUGAAGUACUAGUUUGUCCACGAAUAUGUAACCCCAACCCAACAUGUUAUUUAUGCAUUAGAAUUUAGACAUUUCUUUGCUUUGGUGUAUAUUUAAUUCUUACCGUUUUGAAUUUUACCUCUUUUGUAUCUCCCUCCUGGUAAAUUGUACACAGAAAUCAGUGUACAUACAUGCACAGUACUUGUCUUCUUUGGCUUUAUAUGGCAAUUGAGUAAAAAAUUACCAUUGAUUGACUAUACAGUAUAUGUAUAUAAUGCAGCAUUCUGUGUUCAAGCCAGGUACUUGUAUGAAAUUGCUGUUAUCUCAGGGUAUUGCAAAUGUUUGGGGGAGACCAUAGAUUUGAUAAUGGUCAUGGAGUUCCUUUAAAAAAAUUCUGGUAUCAGACUUUCAGUACUUAUGGGGAAUUUUGAAAGAGAACUCAUCAAAGUUCUAACCAAACACUAUGUUUGAUUGUUUGUCCAAAUUUUGUUUUAUUGUCAUCAAAUUCAUUAACUACUCCAGCAAUGUCUGUGUCGAUGAUUAAUUUAUGGAAUGAAUGACAAAAAAUUCACUGGUGUAUAUCAAAGUUGAACCACAUCUUUGCAGUGAGGUACCUUGAGCGUUUCAUUCAGAUUUAAAGAUAAAAAACAUCCAGUGUAACCUUCUUUGUUUUAGUAAUAGCGCCAUCUCGAGUUGUGGAAAGGAGCACUCUCAAUGAGUUUGGAUAUUUCUACUUCUAUUGAGUACAUAAGAAAUAUGUAAUUUCUAUUUCAUCUUGCUAAAUUUUAUAUAAAUUUGUACAUUUAACUUUUCGCUAUGAUGGAUUUCAACAAUAACAUUUAUGAGUUAUCAGUUAGAGAAAUUAGAAACAUUUGAUAAUUUCCAUGCUCCUUCUUGCAAAUGCAAUAUUGAAUUGUCUUACAGAUAAUAAUAUAACCUGGAAACAAUUAUUUUAGUGUGCUUUUAAAUUUGUGAUCAUUAGAAUGUUACUUCUGCGUUUCGGUUAUUAAACAAUUGCAGAGUUAGUUUCUGUCUUUCAACAAAAUA